UUCCACUUUUUUUUUUUUUUUUCACCUCUCCCAGUUUUCAAUUCCCUCUUCUAGGACCCCUGGUAUUUUCCCAUCGGGGGCUUCUUUUUUUUCUACUCGUUCCUCUUCUGCCUUUCUGACCUGAGUUCUAAUUCCUCAUUCCCAUGUUCUACUUGUCUUGUUUUACGUGCUGCCUCGCGUCUUUUCUUCGUAAAGGGUUAGAUUACUGUCUGUGCAACGACCUCGAGGCGAGGCGUUGUCCUCUAUAACGCUCUCGUGAGGCCUGGAAAUAGCAUAUACCACAACAUGGAAUCGUCUUCUCCCCCCAGAAACAGCUCUGCUGUUUCUGUGGCAGGCAUGAAGCGUCCCGCAACUUUGCUCCCUGCAUUCGAACCAUUGAGUUCUUCUCCAUCUCUUCCACGACCGCAAAAGCGCGUAGCACGCGACUCGGGCGCCAGCAUCUCGACUUAUCCCACUCCCGUGCCUACAUCGUCAACCCAUAUCAUGUCCUCUUCCCCACCUCGUAUGGCCUUCUCCCGACCUGCUAUACGCCGUGCAUUUCCUUCAAUGUCCUCUGAGCGGACUCCGCUCUCUACGGUUCCCACACUGACGCUCCCGGAGAAUGGCGAGACUAUUCUGAUGGGUAGAUCUAGUGCCUCAUGCCAUCAUCAGCUGUCUUCCAACCGCAUGAUCUCCAGAAUUCACGCUGAGGCCGCAUUCAAACCAGCACCCAAUCCUUUCGAUCGGGACAGGGUGGAAAUUCGAUGCGUGGGGUGGAACGGGGUCAAAUUGCAUUGCCAGGGUAAAACGUACGACUUGGCCAAGGGCAAGACUUUUACUUCGGACAUUAAGGAUGCCGAUAUCAUGAUCGAUGUACAUGAUGCACGUGUUCUGAUUCAGUGGCCACGCAAUGAACGGAAGGAGCGUGCUGGUUCGACUGCUUCUGACCGAACCUGGGAUGAAGAUCCUCCAGUGCAUGACCAUCACGGUCUACACGAUGGUAUACAUACCGACCGCCAAAGGCUGGCUUCUCCCGUCUCGCCAACCCCCGCAGGGCAGUUGCGAAUCCCGCCAUCAUCGCCUUUGCUUCCCGCAAAGGACCGGCAUGACUCUGUAGUGGUAUACGAGGACGAGCCAUCUCCUUCCCGCCGCAAUAGUUCGGAUCCUGCUUCGGAAUCCCUAUCAAGCCAAGAGCGAGUAGCAAGACUCCUCAGCAGCUCGCAAUCGAGCGAUCUAAGCGACCUAAGCAAACCCGAUGAUCUAUCAGACCAUGACGAAGAGAAUGAUCCCAUCGUUCAUUCCUUUGGCCCAUUUGGCGAGAAUCUCCUUCCCAGAAUGGCUUCGUUCACUGCCUAUGAAUCACCCGCACGUUCUGCCCGUCCUUCUAGCGAGCUUGUCCCCGGGUUGUCUGAGCAGAAGAAUGACAAGAAGCUGGGAAAGCCUGAGCCACUUACCGAGGAGGGCGAACGAAUUCAAAACCACGCCAUUAAUCAAUUAGCCUUUUCCCGACUGUCUUCGACUCCGUUCUCAACCAUCUUGAACAACCUACCUCCCAGCGUGUGGAAGAGGGAUGACCGCUCCAAGGGCCCUUCCAGAGAGGAAAUCCGGUCUAUUAUCGAUAGCACAAAAUGCAUCGGAAAGGUUGCUCGUGAGGGUAAGGAUGCAGCUGGCAAGCCUCUUGAGAGCGAAUACUACUACGUCGCCGACUAUGAUACGGACGAGAUGCGACGAGAUGCUGUUCUGUAUGACCUCAGAAAGCCUGGCCUUCGCUCUUGCAGGAAGCAACAUAAGGUAUGAUCGUUCCCCGUUGAUUUAUGUCAUCAGAGGUGCUGACGGAUUAUAUAGCAAUACUUUUGGCGCAAGCCCAAAUAGGUGAUUGAUCGCUUCGGGUAUUUUGGUUGCCAACCAUUUUCUUUAUGAUGUCUCUUAUUCCCUGCGCCCAAUUCUCAGAUUCCGCGUUGCAUGAUUUUGAUUCUCAGUACAUAGUUUUCCCAAUGUUGUAUUUUUACCCUGAUGUUAAGGGACUUCGCAUAGCGUGGCGUGGGCAUACCCUGUUUGAUUACGUAUUUCCUUUGUUGCAUAAAGAUGUACGAUGAAUGGUGGCUCUACUGUUUGUUUACCCCUUCUUCUCUUCUAAUUCUUAUGCUUCAGAUCCGCGCCAGAGAGUGUCAUGCUUUCUUGGUUUUUGUUCGAUUUGUCCCCUUAUGCUUGAUUGCACGAAACCGCUAAUUCCCCAGUUCCCCAUAACUCUCCGAAAAAGAAAGACAAAAAACAAAAAAGAAAAAAGAAAUAUAAAAAAAAAAGAAAAAAAGAAAAAAACAACGCACCCACAAACCUCAUUCAAUGACCCUCAUCUCGAUAUCAUACUCGGGAGCUGUCUCUGUUCUCUGAAAUGAGUUGCUCUUCUCACUGCGCUACAUCAUAUGGUUUUAAAUUCUGCUUUCCAUUUGGUGUUUCUAUCCCACCCUUGCCCUUACCUUAGUUGCUGGUAUGCGUGCUAGGAUCUCGUUGCACGUUGACCAAUUUGGACAAAUGACUACGCCUGUACGUAUAUUGAAAAGUUAGAAAUUACAAGCCUUUCACUGGUGUAAAGUAG